AUGACCGUCAACAACUACACGGAGACGUUUUCGCCUGUGGUCAAGUAUGUGACGCUGCGAAUGGUGAUCGCAAUUUCCAAGCAUUUUGGAUGGCCCAUCGACCAGCUUGAUGUGGUGACAGCUUUCCUGUAUGGCGUCAUGAAGGAACAAGUGUUCUGCGUGAUUCCUGAAGGCGUCGAACUUGACAGUACGUUCGACUGCCUGGAAUUGGUGAAGUCAAUUUACGGCCUCAAGCAAGCGUCGCGAGUGUGGAACGAGACGUUCGACGAGUAUGUGUGCUCCAUCGGAUUUCAAGUAUCGGACUUCGACCCAUGUCUCUACAUCAAGACUUCGGACGGCCAUUGCGUGUUUAUACUGGUCUACGUGGACGACGUCUUGGUGACUGGAAGCUCGCUCGAGCUGAUUGCACAAACCAAGAACGACCUGAAGACGCGGUUCGAAAUGACGGACAGCGGCAAGUGUGUUGUAACUUGA